GUGUGUUGUUCAUUAUCAUCAUCAUCUUCAUCUUCUUCUCUUGUCAUUUACCUCCAGAUCUCUCGGUCAAAUCAAUGACAUAGCUUCAAUUCACAAUCCAGAUUCUCUUUGAUCGACUACCUAGGAAAUCAAUCAUGGCCCCUUCUAGAAAAUCUAAAAGUGUUAAUAAGAAGUUUUCUAAUAUUCGUGAGGCUGCAUCUAGUAAAGAUAAAAAUUCAGAGAAUGCUAGCAAGAAUAGGCAGAAGAAGAGAAAAUUGGCUGAUAUGUUAGGGCCACAAUGGAGUAAGGAGGAGCUUCAGCAUUUCUAUGAAGCUUAUCGUAAAUAUGGGAAAGAUUGGAAGAAGGUUGCUCUUGCAGUACGUAAUAGAUCUGUGGAAAUGGUAGAAGCCCUGUACACUAUGAACAGGGCAUACCUAUCUCUUCCAGAGGGCACUGCUUCUGUUAUUGGACUGAUAGCAAUGAUGACAGAUCAUUAUAGUGUACUGGGAGGAAGUGACAGUGGAAAAGAAAGCAGUGAAGAUGCAGAAUUAUCUAAAAAGUCUAAAAAACGUUUGCGGGGAAAGCAUUUAAAUGACAAUAAAGCAUUAGAUGGACACUUUUCAGAUCAUUCUCAGUCACAUUCUGUUGCAUCAGGUGAUGGUUGCCUGUCAUUGUUGAAGAAUAGGCAUUCUGGAAUUAGGCCUCAUGCUGUUCGAAAAAGGACCCCCCGUGUCCCUGUUUCAUAUUCUAUUGGUAAAGAUAAUGCGGAGAAGAUUUUUUCAUCUGCUAGGCGGAGCUCCAAACAAAUAGUUGAUACUAAUGAUGUUGCUCAUAAGAUUGCAUUAGCAUUGACAGAGGCUUCACAAAGAGGUGGCUCUUCAAAAAUUUCUGGAUCACCAAACAAGAAAAAUAUGCCAUCGCCUGGUCAGAAAAGUGGGAAGAAGCAUGCUAUAUCAGAAAUAUCUGGAGCCAAGUUUUGCAAUUCUGACUUGGAUGAGGGUAGUUCUGAGUUGAGUUUAGGAAGGACAGAAGGCGGCAAUGUCAAUUGUUCUGGAAAAACAAAUCAUUGGAGCAGUAGAAAAAGUACUGGAAAAGUAAGGAAUCAGGAAAAGAGAAUAAAACACUACAGGAAGAAUUUAGAACCUGAGGAAAAUUUAAACCAGCAUUUGAAUGACAAAAAGGAAGCCUCCAGUGGGACAGAUGAUGGUAAAAGUCUGAGUUUUAUCAAAUCCAACUUUGACACAGAUUUUGCAUACGCAAAAAAUUUGAAGUCCUUUUACAAAGGUUCCAGAAAGAAAAGUAAAAAGCUAUUGUUUGAGAAAGAUGAAGGUUCUGCUUUUGAUGCUCUGAAAACUUUAGCUGAUCUGUCUUUGAUGAUGCCUGUAACAAACCCUGACACUGAGUCAUCUGCUCAGUUCAAGGAAGGAAACCAUGAAGUUGUUAAUGAGUCUAAAAUGGAAACGCAUAAUGUAUCUCCCAGGAUUGAAAGCACCACUUCAAGUAAAUUAGCCAAGGUUUUUUCUGAUAAUGGAGUUGCUGUUCCUGAAGCAGAAGGAGCGGACCUGCUUAAUGCAGGAAUCGGGAAAAGGAAACAGAAAUCUUCUACCUUAAAAGCUACUGAUGAGGUGAAGAAGUCCAUGGUUAAAGGUAAGCGGUCAUCUGUUUGUACAGCACGUUCAAGACAACUAAAAGUGGUUAGGUCUCCAGGAAAGAUGUCUUCAAGUACUUAUGACAAAACGGAAAGGGAUGAUUCAUCUUUUUCCCCCAUGAAGGUUUUGUCUACUAACCAAGUCAGUCUAGUAAACAGAGGAAGGCCCAAAAGAAAGAUGGAAAAACCAAAACCAAUGGUACAACGAGAUCCGACGGUGUCUGGAAAUAUUUUUAGUGGUCAACGUAAUAAAUCCAUUGCUUCACUCCCGAAUAGUUCUGUUAGUCACAAGGGAAAACUUAUUAAUUGCUUGUCUUCAUGUCAAACACGGCGGUGGUGCACUUUUGAGUGGUUUUAUAGUGCUAUUGAUUACCCAUGGUUUUUAAAGAGAGAGUUUGCAGAGUACUUGGACCAUGUCGGAUUGGGUCAUGCUCCCAGGUUGACUCAGAUUGAGUGGGGAGUCAUUAGAAGUUCUCUUGGUAGACCACGAAGAUUUUCAGAGAAAUUUUUGAUAGAAGAAAAACAUAAACUUAAUCAAUACCGGGAAUCUGUUAGGUCAUAUUACGCUGAGUUUCUUGCUGGUCGCAAGGAAGGCCUUCCUACUGAUUUGGCACAACCUUUAAUUGUUGGGCAGCGUGUUAUUGCUAUUCAUCCGAAGACAAGAGAGAUUCAUGAUGGAAGUAUACUAACUGUUGACCAUUGUAGGUGUCGGGUUCAGUUUGACCAGCCUGAACUUGGGGUUGAAUUUGUCAUGGAUAUUGACUGCAUGCCUAUGUAUCCAUCUGAAAAUCUGCCUACAUCUCUGGUAAGACACAAUAUCACUCCUGCUAGAAUAAGUGAGAAUCUCAAUGAGCUCAAGCUUAAUGGGAAACUGAAACAAAGAAAGGUUGCUGAGCACACAAUAUUGUCCCUUAGUGAGAACUCAGAUACCAUUAAAGGUCUUUAUAUAUCCCCCACUACGCAUGGAAACAGUACUUUAUCAAAACAGGGGUUUCCCUCAAGCUGCAAAUCACAAGCGAAAGUUGUGUGCAGUGAGAUUGGUAAUGCCCAACUACCAUCAAGUUCUCAACCUCCCCUUCUUGAACAUGUCCAUUCAAAAGAAGCUGAUAUAUUAGCCAUUUCAGAGUUGUCUCGUGCUCUAGACAAGAAGGAACUUGUGUUGUCUGAACUGAAGCACAUGAACGAUGGGGUAUUGGAAAGCCACAAACAUGGAGACAACUCAGUGAAGGACUCAGAACCUUUUGUGAGGAAUUAUGCUUUAGUACUAAAGCAAUUAACUGAAGUCAAUGACCAGGUUUCUUCUGCCUUGUUUUGCUUGAGACAACGCAACACAUAUCAAGGAAGCUCCUCAAUUUUGUCAUUAAAGCCCAAGGAUAAUUUUGAUGAUCCUGGUGGUCAGGCUAGCUCUUCCAAUUGUUCAGCUUGCCACAAUCAAGAAUCUAUAUCUCAAAGUCAUAUAGCUGAAAUUGUCGAAAGUUCUAGAAGAAAAGCCCGAACUAUGGUUGUUCAAGCUACGCAGGCAAUGUCAAUUUUUAGAAAGACAGAAAGUAAGGUUGAAAGAAUUGAGGAUGCAAUAAAUUUUAUCAAUAACCGGCUUUCAGUGGAUAACCCUACUGCUUCAGCCACAAAUUUGCUGUCUGCAGAUUCUAUUACUCUGGCUUCUCAGGAUCAAUUGACUCCUGCCAGCGCAUUAAAUUCCUUGGCAAAUUGUCAUGUGCAAGAUGCUGAACUUAACAGUUCAUCUGACCAAAAUGAAAUGAAAAUUCCCUCAGAACUCAUAUCUCAUUGUCUAGCUACACUGCUUAUGAUUCAGAAGUGUACAGAACGACAAUUUCCCCCAGCUGAUGUUGCUCAGGUACUAGAUUGUGCUGUAACCAGUUUGCAACCUUUUUGUUCAAGGAAUCUUCCAAUAUAUGGUGAGAUACAGAAAUGCAUGGGUAUCAUAAGAAAUCAAAUAUUGGCACUCAUACCUACCUAGCUUGGACUCCUUCCUCUGUUAUUUGUAAAUCUGCAAUACUAAGGUAUUAGUCUGGUUCAUCUCACGGUGUUGUGAGUUCUAAGGAGGCUCGUAAGACAUGCCCACCUCCAUUGCGACCCAUACAUUUCAUAUUAACAUUUGUAGGAAAAAAAAAAUAAACUAAUUAUAAACUGGUUGUACUACAGGUGUAGCCAGAAGAAAAGGGAAGAUUAUACUACAUCUUAUUCUCUUUACAGAUGUACAUAAUUUUUAAGGAUCUAAUUCUAAUCAUAGCGAGAGACUAGCAUGUAGCAUGCUCCAUUCAGCACCAAUACUCUGUAUGAUGCCAGGGUAUUAAAAUGCCAUAAGCUUUAUGUAUGCUUUAUGUAUGCUAUUGCCAACUGUGAACACGAUGAUUAGU